GAGCAACCAUUCAUUAAAUUAUUUUCAAUUGAUAUUUCGAGCUCUUCGUUCUGUUCAUUUCGAUUUAAAUUUCGGGUCCGGUUGCACUUCAAUAUCACUUCCUUCUCGUUUGAUCGGGGUAGUAAGCUCCAUCACCAAACCCUAAACCUAUGUUUGUAUGACGAAUGAAGAUAGUGACAUACAACGUGAACGGACUAAGGCCUCGCGUCUCACAAUUCGGUUCUCUUCUCAAGCUACUCGAUUCCCUUGAUGCCGAUAUUAUCUGCUUUCAGGAGACAAAACUGUCGAGACAAGAACUGAGAGCAGAUUUGGCGAGGGCAGAGGGAUACGAGUCUUUUUUCUCUUGCACUCGCACUUCCGAUAAAGGCCGCACUGGAUAUUCCGGUGUUGCGACAUUUUGCCGAGUCAAGUCUGCAUUUUCGAGCAAAGAAGUGGCUUUGCCACUUUCUGCUGAGGAGGGCUUCACUGGCCUUCUUGAGAAUUUCUCAGGGUAUGCGUCUAGAAGGGAUGACUCAGUGGUUGAAGGCCUCGAGGGUUUUUCAGUAGAUGAGCUUUUGAAGGUUGACAGAGAAGGGCGUUGUAUAAUCACUGACCACGGUCACUUCGUUCUUUUCAAUGUAUAUGGGCCUAGGGCUGAAUGUGAUGAUACAGAAAGAAUUCAAUUUAAGUUCAAUUUUUUCAAAAUACUACAGAGAAGAUGGGAUUGCCUUCUGUGUCGGGGUCGCAGGGUAUUUGUAGUUGGGGAUCUCAACAUUGCUCCUGGUGCUAUAGAUCGAUGUGAUGCUGGACCAGAGUUUGAGAAAAACGAGUUUAGAAAAUGGUUUCGAUCUUUGCUAGUGAGAAAUGGGGGACAAUUUUUUGAUGUUUUCAGAGAAAAACAUCCUGAGAGAAGAGAAGCCUACACAUGCUGGCCAACGAAUUCUGGUGCAGAGGAGUUCAACUACGGCACACGUAUUGACCAUAUUCUCAUUGCUGGGCCAUGCUUUCACAGAGAUGAAAAUCAAGGAGACCAUAGCUUUGUGUUGUGCCAUAUUAAAGAGUGUGACAUUUUACUGCAGUUCAAACGCUGGAAACCUGGUAAUAUACCCAGGUGGAAAGGAGGGAGAAAUGUCAAAUUGGAAGGUUCAGAUCAUGUUCCUGUCUAUAUGAGCUUGGUUGAGAUCCCCAAUAUUCAACCCCAUAAUACUCCCCCAUUAUCUACUAGAUACUGUCCCCAGGUCUACGGAUGUCAGCAGACUCUAGUGUCAAUGUUAGUUAAAAGGAAAUCUGCUGAAGAAUUUAGUAGAUGUGGAGGAUCAAGUUCUUUUUCAGAAGAAAGUACUGUUCUCCAAAGUUGCAAUCAGCUUGUGAAACGACCACCACAUUCCUGCAGUUCAUCUUCAUUAAACUUGUCACAUGAAGGUGUAUUUUCUACACCAGCAGAGGCUCCUGAAUGUUAUGACAAAGAAUCAUCUUCUAACUUACCUUGCACUGAUAUUGAUGGUGCUAAAUUAUUGGCCAGAGUGGAGAACAAGAAGAAAGAAAGACAAAGUAAUUGGUCUCAGCUUUCACUAAAAUCGUUCUUCCAGUCAAGUAACAGUGACAACUCGAGCAGUUUGUUUGCGGACAAUAAGCUCAAUCAAGCAAAUAUCUCUAAUCCUUGUGAAACCAAUGAAACUAUUGGUGAAGGUGGGGAAUUUGAUGCUCAAAAGGAGUGGGAUUUACAGCAAAGUGUGCCAAUGCAAGAGGAAAAUGGGAUUGAUGGCUCUGAACCUCUAGAAAAUGAAAAGAACAAUGUGGCCAUAGUAGAGUGGCAAAGGAUUCAACAACUGAUGCAGAAUAGUAUUCCUCUUUGCAAGGGUCAUAAGGAACCCUGCGUUUCUCGAGUGGUGAAGAAAGCUGGUCCAAAUCUGGGUCGCCAAUUUUAUGUCUGUGCACGUGCUGAGUGGUCAGGUUCAGAUACCUCCAGCCUGUUAGUAUCAAAAUUUUCUGAAAGCUACCAUUUUUGAGGGACCUGCAUCUAAUCCUGAAGCUAACUGUGGUUAUUUCAAAUGGGCUGCUUCGAAAUUGACACGUAAGAGAUGACUAGCACAAGGCAAUGGUUCAUUAGUGCGUAGAUCUAUUAUUAAAUUUUGCUAGUGGAGGCCAUCUCUGUGCAAACCUGCCAUGAAGGUAUAAAGUUCUUUAAAGUUUUGAAUAUUCUGUCUCUCUUUCUCUGAUUUUUUGAAAAAAAAUCUACUAGUGUUGACAUGUAUAAUGUGGUUGUCAAAAGAAAAUCUAUGUAAUCGAGUCUCUUUUUGGAUCCAUAUUAUAUUGAAAGCAAAGUACUUUGUCGGCCAACUCAUACCUAUGGGUGAGCCGCCUCCACCUCCAACCAACAACCAUCACCACCUGCCCCUCAAGCUACCAAACUCAUCAACCACUAGAAGCCUCUCAUCGCCCUCUACAAUCUCCCACCAAUGCCUGCCCACAAUUCCGCUAGAAACAGCUCCAAUCUCCAAAACACUGCCCACCCUUACCACAAAACAACCUUCCCCCCUGCUACCCAAGCCGCUGGUCACCACCACCACAGGUGACGGCAAGCCAUCCUCUUCACUCCCCGCCAUCCCACCUGGCCUCACGCCGCCUAAAACAGCCACGGCCUCCAUCGACCCUCUCCAACCCGCAGUCGACCUUCCAAGUGCAGCCCAUGUUUCCGGCCACACCCACACCUCGAAUCAUCCACCAAAUUUCUCAACUCCCCUAGCUGCUGACUCCUUUGGAGUAUUAUCAACAAAUUCAAAUCAGAUUCUCAAUGUUCAAAAAGCAGGUACUUUCCAAGUCAGGAUUGUGUGAUAAUGCUGAUUCAAUUGGUGAUCCUUAUGUCUUGCAAUUGAAUAAUUCAUCACCCAGUCAUUCAAUUGAGGGUGAAUUGGGACAAUUGAAACCAAGAACAUAUGCUAAGGUGUUAAAUGGGUUUCAAGUAAAUGAAUUAGACUUAGAUUCGUGCCCUCUGGAAUUAAAUUAUUUUAAGCCUCAGUGUGAUAAUGGUUGAGUAAAGGUGGUUCUGCCUAUUGAGGUGGCUGCCUUAAGUUGUGAAAUGUGGAGGGCGACUUUGGUUGGCAAGAAAUUAGCUUUUCCUGUAGUAAAUUCUUUUCCUCAUGAAUUGUGGGACAGAUUUGGCCUUAAGGAGGUUUUAUCUUCAGAUGCUGGUUUCUAUUUUUUCAAGUUUGAUUCUCUCCGCCAAGCUCUAUCAGUUCUUGAAGGAGCGCCUUGGCAUACGGCUAAUAGGCCACUUAUUUUGAAGCGUUGGCAACCUAAUAUGACUUUAGCUAAGGAGAAUUUACGUUGCAUUCUUGUUUGGGUGAAACUUUAUAAUAUUCCUUUUGAGUAAUGGACAGCAGAGGGAUUGAGUCAUGUAGCUAGUGUUGCGGGACGUCCUUCACGGGCAGAUGCGACCAUUCUUACACGUAAACGACUUAGCUAUGCAUGUUUUUGUGUUGAGAUUAAUGCUUUGGAGGAGUUAGUGGAGGAUUUUGAUUUCCGUUGUGUGAAUAGGGAUUGGAUAACUAUUUGUGCUCAGUUUGAGUGGUCCCCAUUAAAUGUUCGAAAUGUGGGGUAUUUGGUCACAAUUGCUCUUCUCAUGCUAAGCCUAGUGAGGGUAAGAGUAAGCUUAUUUAAUUGCUAAGGAUAAGGUUGGCCCGAGUGGUGUAGCUAAUGUGAAACCACCUAUCGAGGAUGAAUGGACCCAUGUCUCGCAUAAGGGGAAGUCUACAGGUUGUGUUGAUUCUGGUGUUGUUAUGCCUAUUCAUGGCAUUCAUACUUUGGCGGAUAAUUCUAAGGAGGACCAAGUAGAGGUUGAUUUGUUGCCUUCGCAUAGUGAUCUUGAAAAGCAUUUGGUGGUUGCCAAGCUGACUCAUGGAGAAAUUGAUAAGUCAUCUCCACCUAUUGAUCCUGAUUUGCAGAUGGUGGUAUCGAAUGUGCCCAACGAGACUACUGAAAUUGGGGAAGAAGGGGAAGUUUCUCCAGUUCCACUUACCAUUCUAGGUGAAGAUAGCGAUACUUCUGUCCCUCAGUCUAACACGCUAGCAACAAAAGCUAGAGAUUCACUUCAGAAAAAGAAGAAUGGGUCGGGGGGCAAGAAUAAGAAGAACAAGAAGCAUCAUUUCCCUAGGGGAGGUAGAUGGCGUUAGUCAUAUUGAGGUUGCGAUUCUAUCCUUGAUUUUAAUCAUGUUUUUUGGAUACUGGAAUGUUAGAGGGUUAAAUGACCCCCUCAAACAAUCUAAAGUAAAGAACCUCAUUACCUCCAAUAGGCUUUCUUUGUGUGGGUUGGUGGAAACUAAGGUUAAGGAGAAGAAUCAAAAUAAGGUGGCGAAUGCCAUCUUCAAGUCAUGGAGUGUCCUUACGAAUUACAAUUGCUCUCCACUUGGUAGAAUUUGGAUAUGUUGGAAUCCAAAUGAUGUAGAUGUUUUACUGGUGGGCUGCUCAGCUCAAGCUAUCCAUGUUCGUGUUAAUGCAUGUAAUGGUACAUGGAGUUGUGUGGUAUCAGUGGUAUAUGGGGAUAAUAUCCCAAUUAAGCAUGUUGAUCUAUGGGACGAUUUAGUAGCUAGGCAUGGAGGUUUUGCAUAUUUGCCGUGGGUGUUCAUAGGGUACUUCAAUUCUGUUCUCUCCCCGUCCAAAGUGGAAGGUAAGCCUACAUGUCAAGAUGAUCUUGAAAACUGCAUGGCAACAGUGGGUCUGGAUGAUUUGAAGUUUGGUGGUUGUUUAUAUACAUGGACUAAUAAGCAUGUAUCUGGCUCUAUUAUCAAGAAACUAGAUCGUGUAUUGGUGAAUUCGAAGUGGGAGGAUGAGUUUCAGGGAUCGGCAACUAUUCUCAUUGCUAGUGUGUCGGAUCAUUCUCCUAUGGUUGUGAAACUUGCAAAGCUACCGCGUAGGAAGAUUCCAUUCUGCUUCUUUGAUUAUUGGAUGGAUCACUUGCAUUUCUUUCCUUUGGUGGCUCGGGUUUGGGGUGAAACAGUUGUGGGAACUUCUAUGUUUUGUCUGUGUUCGAAAUUGAGAAUGCUGAAGCUUGCCUUGAAAGAUUUUAAUGAGGAGCACUUUUUAGAUCUACCUAGGAGAGUCACUCAAGCUCGGUUUGAUCUGAGCGUGUUCAGUGUUUGAUUCAGCAGUCGCCUUUGGAUCCAUCUUUACAUAGGGAGGUGGCUCGGUUAAUAUAGGAAUUUUGCAUGUUGAAUAGGGCUGAGGAAGGUUUUUUGAGAUAAAAAACUCGUGUUAAGUGGCUGAAUUUAGGAGACCAGAAUACUGCUUUCUUUUUCAAGGCUAUGAAAAGUCACUAUGGCAAGAAUAAGGUGGUCUCCAUUUGUAGAGAUGAUAGUACUUAAUUAGAGGAGUCGUAUGAGGUUAGUAAAGUUAUUGUUGAAUUCUAUCAAAAUCUCCUUGGACAGCAGCCUAAUGGUGAGAGUCUGGAUAUGGACUUGCUUCGAAGAGCUCUUCCUAAAAGUAUCUCAGUGGUGCAUAAUGAAACCCUUAAUAGAGGUGUAUCAUAUGAGGAGAUUAAGGAGGUUUUGUUCUCUUUGAAAGAUAACAAGGCUUCGGGACUAGAUGGUUUUAAUGCAGGUUUCUUCAAGAGGACUUGGAGUAUUGUGGGAAACGAUGUUCUAUGUGCCAUCAAGUCCUUUUUUGACUCGGGGCAACUAUUGAAGCAAGUUAAUGCUACUACCAUUGCUUUGGUCCCUUAGGUCCCCAAAUCCUUUUCAGGUAAAAGACUUUCGACCUAUCUCUUGUUGCAAUACUAUUUAUAAAUGUAUUGCUAAGCUUAUGGCCAAUAGAGUCAAGAUGGUACUUCCAGAUAUUGUUGGAUCUCAACAAACUGUUUUUGUUAAAGGAAGACAUAUUAGCGAUAAUAUCUUUCUUUCCCAAGAGUUGUUGAGGAAUUAUAAUCGCAGUGGAGGAUUGCCUAGGUGUGCCCUUAAAGUUGAUAUCAUGAAAGCCUAUGAUUCUAUUUGUUGGGAUUUUCUUUUUGCUGUUUUAAGGCUGCUUGGGUUUUCGGAGAAGGUUGUAUGUGGAUUUCUGAAUGUGUGACUACCACUCGAUUUUCAAUUUCCAUUAAUUGUGAGUUGCAUGGUUUUUUUGUUGGUGGGAAAGGUUUGAGACAAGGAGUUCCUUUGUCACCCUAUUUACUUGUCUUGGAAUGGAGGUUUUUUCAGGGUUAAUGGGGUUGAUGGCUAUUGAGCAAGAUUUUAAGUACCAUUAGAGGUGUGAGAAAGAGAAGAUCACCAACUUGUGUUUUGCUGAUGAUCUUAUGGUCUUUGGGGAGAGCUAAAGUUGGUUUUGUAUCUCGCAUUGGAGACUGUCUCAAUCAAUUCAAAGCUUUUUUCGGCCUUGUUUCUAACCCAGAUAAGAGUAAUCUAUUUGCUAGUGGUGUUUCAUCAUAUCUCAAGCACCAGUUACUUAAUUGGGUUAUAAGGAGGGUCUGCUAUCGGUACGUUAUCUUGGUGUUCCACUUAUCUCUACCAAAUUGCAGGCUUUAGAUUGUAAGGUGUUGGUGGAUCGUAUUAUAGCCAGGGCUAAGAGUUGGACUUGUCGCUCACUUUCCUAUGUGGGAAGGUUACAACUUUUUUAGUCGGUGUUAUUUUCUAUUCAUGUAUAUUGGUCUUCUGUAUUUAUUUUACCUAAGGCUAUGAUCAAGCAAGUGGAAGCUACUCUACGGGCCUUCUUUUAGAAGGGUUGUGACCUUGGUACCAGUAAUACUAAAGUGGCUUGGGCAAAAAUUUGUAUGCCUAAGGAGGGAGGCCUGGGUCUGUGGAAUAUGGAGAUUUGGAAUAGGGCUUGUAUGUUAAAGCACAUUUGGUCGGUUUGUACGGCUUCUGCCUACUCUCUUUAGGUUUCGUGGGCAUAGUGCUACUUGCUUAAAGGUCGGAGCAUUUGGGAAUUGAAAUGUCCUAGGGACUGCUCUUUUGGAGUUGGAGGAAGAUUCUUGGGCUUAGAGACAUAGGGAGGGACAAAAUGAAAUUCAAAAUUGGUAAUGGUAAACAUGCUUCGCUUUGGUUUGAUAAUUGGCAUCCUCUUGGCGCUUUAGAAAAGGUUCUUGGUGAAAGAAUCAUUCUUGAAUUUAGAUUCAGCAGAUUAGCUAAGGUGGCUGACAUUAUUGAAGGUGAUACUUGGAAGUGGCCUUUAGCUCGUUCCUUAGCUUUUUUUGAUUUCAUGCGAGGCACGCUUGAUACUUUUCGACCAGAUAGUACUAGAGAGGAUGUCUUGCGAUGGGUAGAUGAUGUACAAGGAGCCUUCUCUGUUCGUAGUGCUUGGGAGUCUCUUUGACCUCGCUGUUCUAGGGUGACCUGGUAUCGCAUUGUAUGAUUCCCUAAAUGUAUUCACUGUCAUGCAUUUAUCCUUUGACUAGCAAUUCAAGGUGGCCUCUAUACACAGAAAAAGCUUUUUGGCUUUGGCUUAAUAUAGUCUAUGCGUUGUGUGUUGUGUGGUUGUUCUGAGGAGGAUUUAGACCAUCUUUUCUUUGCUUGCUCAUUUUUUGAGCAUGUUUGUCAAGCUUUACAUGUGAAAUGUAACUUGCUUUGGGUUUAGUGAUGUUGGCCAAAUUCUCUUUCUUGGAUGGAGCAAUUUCGUGGGAGGUCAUUGCGCUGUACUGUUAUUCGUUUGAUGUUUGCGGCUUUGAUUUAUGCUAUUUGGUGUUAGCGUAAUGCUAGGAUCCAUGGUGAGGCUCCUAAACAUGAGUCUGCUAUUAUUCAGGAUAUUGUUUCUACUAUUUGUGCACGAGUAGAUUUAUGUAGAGUCUUGGUUCCAUCUAAUGAAAAUAGAAGGUUCCAACGCUUAUGGGGUUUUUUUGUAAAUAUUUUUUCUUGUCAUGGCUAGGCUAUAAAUCCAGGCUCUUGUUAUUGAUGCUAGGAAGGCAUAUAUUCCUAGCCUUGUUUUCCUGGGGUAUGCCCUUGUGAUUUUGUAUUCUAUUCUCACACUUUGGAUAUAAUACACUUGCCUUUAAAAAAAAAAAAAAAAAAAAAAAACUUUGUCAGGAGGCAGGGAGAUAAUGAUAUAUUUUCAAUUUGUUUA